AUGGCGAACUCAAAAAAUUCCCAAACAGAUACACGGAAUGAAUUAAUAGAAUUAGUGAGGAGACGAGCUGAAAUAGCGGAAACUCUAGCCAAUUUAGAAAGACAGAUUUAUGCCUUUGAAGGCAGUUAUUUAGAAGAUACACAAUUAUAUGGGAAUAUCAUACGUGGUUGGGAUAGAUAUUUAACUAAUACAAAAAAUACAAAUAGCAAAGCAGACAAGCGGAAUCGAAAAUUUAAGGAAGCUGAUCGAUUAUUUUCAAAGUCUUCUGUUACAUCAGCUGCUGUAAGUUGA